AUGAGUGGCACAGAAGUGGCCUCAUACCUGGUAGCUCAGUAUGGCAAUCAACAGGCCUGGGACCUCACCCUCCACAUCUGGGAACAGAUGGCCCUAAAGACUCUAUGCACCCAGGCCCAGGCAGAGAAGGACUUGAAGUCAAAAAGCAUUACAGAAAGAUACCAGAACCAAGGAAGAGAGAAUCCUUGGCCCACACAGUCCUGGAAAAAUGAUUUUCUCCAAAAGUUCACAGAGUUGCUACUUCUACAAAAAUCUUACCCCAGACGCUUGAAUAGCUGGAUUCAAGAUGUAAAAGAAGAAAGAGGACGCCUGAUUAGGAUGCAAGACUUACUUGGCCCAAGCCCAGGUAGCCAAAAAGAACCUCAAGUAGUGAUAGUGGAGGGGGCUGCUGGAAUUGGGAAGUCAACACUGGCCAGGCAGGCGAGGAGAGCCUGGGAGGAAGGCCAGCUCUACAGGGAUCGCUUCCAGCACGUCUUCUACUUCAGCUGCAGAGAACUGGCCCAGUGCAAGAUGCUGAGUCUGGCUGAGCUCAUCGCAAAAGAUCAGCCUGCCCCUGUGGUUCCCAUGGGGCAGCUCCUGUCUCAGUCCAAGCAGCUGUUCUUCAUCCUGGAUGGUGUGGACGAGCCAGCAUGGGUCUUGAAAGAGCAGAAUCCUGAACUCUGUCUGCACUGGAGCCAGCCACAGCCGGUGCACACACUGCUAGGCAGUUUGCUGGGGAAAUCUGUCCUUCUUGAGGCUUUCUUGCUGCUCACAACUCAGACUGCAGUUCUAAAGAAGCUCAUUCCUUCUUUUGGGAAGUCUUGUUGGGUAGAAGUCCUGGGAUUCUCUGAGUCUGGUCGGAAGGAAUAUUUCCAUAAUUUUUUCACAGAUAAAAGCCAAGCAAUUAAAGCCUUUGGCUUGGUUGAAUCAAACCCAGCACUCUCGACUCUGUGCCUCAUGCCCUGGGUGUCCUGGCUGGUCUGCACUUGCCUGGCACUGCAGAUGGAGCAGGGUGGAGACCUCUUCAUGACCUCACAGACCACCACAGCCCUCUGCCUGCACUUCCUUUCCCAGGGUCUCUCAGCUCAGCCCCUGGUUACACAGCUCAGGGAGCUCUGUUCUCUGGCUGCCCAGGGGAUCUGUCAAAGACAGUCCCUGUUCAGUGCAGAAGAUCUUGAGCAACAGGGGCUAGAUAAAGCUACCAUCACCGCUUUCUUGAAGAUGGGUAUCCUUCAAAAGCAGCCCAGCUCUCAGAGCUACAGCUUUGUUCUGUGUUUCCAGGAGUUCUUUACAGCAAUGUUCUAUGUCUUGACGUAUGAGCACAGAAAGAAUACUCUUGAAAUCUUCAGAGUUGUAAGAAAUGUGCUAAUGCUAUAUAGAACAUGUGGCAUAUUUGAGGCACCAACAAUGCGCUUCCUAUUUGGUCUUUUGAGUCAACACGGUCAAAGAGAGAUGGAAAAGAUCUUUACCAGCUUGCCGGAUCUAGAGAAGAACCAGAACCUGAUAUGGAAAGUCCUAUCAACCAAGCAGCUGUAUUCUCUGGGGUUGCUCCACUGUCUGUUUGAGAUUCAGGAUGAGAAGUUCCUGAAACAGGUGGCACUUGAUUUCCAAGGAAGGUGUGUGUGUGUCAUGCAGGAUAUUCAGCACCCGGUCUUCCAGAAAAAUCUCAAGAACCUUGUGGUUCGGACAGACGUGGAGCUCCUGGUAGCUGCUUUCUGCAUUAAGUUCUGCAGCGAUGUGAAGAGGCUUCAGCUAAAUGGGGGUGGACAGAAGAGACAAGUGCUAAAGACCCCCAGAAUGGUUCUCUUCCGGUGGACCCCAAUCACAAAUGCCAGCUGGCAGAUUCUCUUCUCUACUGGUGGAAUCAUCAACAGCCUGGAGGAACUGGACUUAAGUGGAAAUCAGCUGAGCUGCUCGGCAUUGAAGAAUCUUUGUGAGAUCCUAAAAUACCCUGGCUGCCACCUGAAGACCUUGUGGUUGGUCGACUGUGGCCUCACAUCGAGCUGCAAGGACCUGGCCUCGGUGCUCGUGCUCGGUACCAGCCCCAGCCUGGAGGAACUAGAUUUGCAGCUGAAUGACCUAGGAAACCAUGGUGUAAAGCAGCUGUGUGAGGGGCUCAGGUAUUCUACUGGCCACCUCAGGUUCCUGAGGCUGGACCAGGCUUCUCUGAAUGACCCAGUGAUGAUGAAACUGAAGGCACUGGAGAAAGGCAGACCCCAGCUGGUCAUCUCCAGCACAUGGAAGCCGCAUGUAAAGACCCCUACUCAGGACCUGGAUGGAGGAGAAAUGGGUGAUAUUACCACCUCACUCAAGUACCUGAGACUACAGUCAGACAUGCUCAAGGAGCCUCUGUGGAGUGAAGACAACUUCUGGGGCUCCACAGGACCUGUAGCUACUGAGGUGAUUGACAAAGAAAAGAACCUCUAUCGAGUUAACUUGCCCAAGGCUGGCUCCUACCACUGGCCCAAUACGGGGCUCCACCUUGUGGUGACAAAGGCAGUGACUAUCGAGAUUGAGUUCUGUGCCUGGAGCCAGUUCCUGAAGAAGACUCCCAUACAGCAUGGAUACAUGGUGGCUGGGCCUCUGUUUGACAUCAAGGCUGAGCAAGGAGCUGUGACCACUGUGUAUCUUCCUCACUUUGUGGAUAUCCAAGAGGGACAGGUGGACACCUCCUUGUUCCAUGUGGCCCACUUUAAAGAGUAUGGGAUGAUCCUUGAGAAACCAGCCAGGGUGGAACAGUGUCACACAGUCUUGGAAAACCCCAGCUUCUCCCCAGUGGGAGUUCUACUCAGAAUUCUGCAUGCUGCCUGGCGCUUUGUCCCCAUCAUCUCCACCACAUUGCUCUACCAUCAUUUACAUCUUAAGGAAGUCACCUUCCACCUCUACCUGAUCCCCAAUGACUGCACCAUUCGAAAGGCCAUAGAUGAUGAAGAAAUGAGAUUCCAGUUUGUGCGAAUACACAAGCCUCCACCACUUGAAGCCCUUUACAUCGGCUCUCGCUAUACUGUGUCUGGUUCCAAGAAGCUGGAAAUUCUCCCCACGGAACUGGAGCUGUGCUACCGGAGUCCUGGAGAAUACCAGCUCUUCUCUGAGAUCUACGUUGGCCACAUGAAUUCAGGAAUCAAGCUGCAAAUGAGUGACAAGAAGGAUGGGAGUCUAGUAUGGGAGGUCUUGUUGAAACCAGGAGAUCUAAGACCUGCACCAACCCAGAACUCUCCAGCCCCCAAAGAUGCCCCUGUCUCGAUGCACUUCAUGGACCAGUAUCGGGAGCAGCUGAUAGCCCGAGUGACAUCAGUGGACCCUGUCUUGGACAAGCUUCUUGGUCAGGUGCUUAGUGAAGAGGCGUAUGAGAAGGUACGAGCUGAGACCACCAACCCAGACAAGAUGCGGAAGCUGUUUGAUUUCAGCCAAUCCUGGAACAGAGCCAGCAAAGACCAACUCUACCAAGCCCUGAAGGAAAUUCAUCCUCACCUGAUCAUCGAUCUCCUGGAGAAGUAGGACAGGGCUUUGGGGGAGCCUUAAAGCUCAGCACCUGAUGUCUGAACACUCACCUUCGA